UUUAUGUUCGUGUUUUAUGUUGCGUAAACUUGAGACAGUUCCUUCGAGUCUCUUCUGGUUUUAUCGAAAGUCAACCUAGUUACGUGGCAAGAACAACAAAACUGCUUCUGGUGUUUCUUUCUUCCUGUUUGAUUUUGUUUGCGUUUUCGAACGAUGAUUUCAGCUGUAAAUGGAGGCACAAUGUACCAAUUCUAGUGUCAAUACUCAAUUACGAUCGACGAUUGCACAUCUGCGUGACCAACUAGACCAAUGCAAACGGCAAGUGCUUGAACUGAAUUCCCUUCAAGGCGACUUUCGGGCCAAGCUCGUCGUGCUUUUAAGGAAAAUGGAAAAAGAAAACAUUCUUCAACAGAGAGUUACACCUUGUGGUGUUACUUUGACAGAUACGGAAACACAGACUUGUGAGCUUCUACCUCGAAGAUGGAAUUCGGAUCUUAGCCUGGAUCUUGAUGGGAAAUCAAAUGGAAAGCGCUAUCAGAGAGUAGAAAGAAGUGAUUUGGCUUCUCUAUGCAUCUCAUCAGAGGCAAUUGUAGCCCCUCCAAUCAUACGCCAGCCCCAACAAAAGAAAACAUACAAAUCAAAAUUCACUAAUAGGCUGGAUGUAGGCAACCAUAGUAUUGGCAAACAUCAGGUGGACAAUCUCUUGCUCUCUGAUCUUGGUCUCACGAGCCAAGCUCCUGAUUUCUCACAAAGUGAAUUCAAUCUGAGUAGUGACGAUCACUGGUUAAAAGAAAAUCAAAAGCAUCUAGGAGGAAGGGUCCGAUUUCUCAGCCAUGAGGAUAAUCCUGGUGGUUUUAAUGAUAAUGAGGAAGAUCUGGAGGAUAUGAAAGACAUGCCCCAGCAAAGUCAAAUUUUUCAUUCUCACAGCGGUAGCUGGGCCACAUUGACUCACUCUGAACGUGAUUUAUCUGAAUUGGACUCAUGUCUCUCACUCAACUACCAAGAACGCACAGAACCAAAAUUCUUCACGAGCAGCACUCCGUACAAAAAUUUACGGUCCAAAUUCAAGCAAAGUGUCUCUUUUCACGAUUUACUACCAUCAAAAGCAACCCAAAGUAUGCCGAAUUUGCAGAAACAGAACCAUUCCGCAGGGGAAGUCAGUAACUCAAACUCACGCCGAACUUUGCCACUAUCUAUAAACACUGAUAUUGCCAACUCGAACAAAAGACAUUCGUUGACCAAUAUGGAGCAACGUCCUCACAAUUUCACGCCUGGUCGUCGCUCUUCUCUUACAGGAGACAUUGAGAACGGUCCUUAUGUGCCAUCGGCCAUUUCUAGCCUGUUUCUCGGCGGGCGAGUCAAGGCCCUCCAUGGCGGUCAUUUGGUCGUCACCGGUGUCGUCUGGUAUCGUGGGAAACUGCCCGGCAUCACCGAAGAUAUAGUGGGCAUCGAGAUCGACCAAGUCGGAUUGGGCGGCGACGGAACAUUCCAGGGUCAUCGCUAUUUCCGAUGCGCUCCCGGCCGUGGUUUGUUUGUGCCGUUCCGGAAAAUCAUCAUGGCUUGGCCUACUCAUCCACAAUAAAACAAAACACUAACUAAACGUGACUCGUAGAACGCCAUGCAGGUUCCGUCCUGGAAAAAACAUAUUAGACUGUGUGUCAUGGUGCUAUUAAUAUUUUUAUUGCCCCCAAUAUCCAUCUAGUCGUUCCGAGUCGUCGUCUCCUUCUUAAAAUAUUUUUGUUACUUUUAAAAACCCCAAUCUCUAUAAGACGCGAUCGCCAUCCUACCCUUUUUUUUCUAGAGGUUAUUUGAGUGACAUGACAAUGGCAUGCGUAAAACAGCUAACGGUAACGACUUCUACUAGAAACGGGGGACUUUGGGUUACAUUAAGACUUUGUUUUACUCAGAGAAUUUUCCCUGGCCCGCGAGAAAUACUGGUGAUGGAACUCCCUACUCAGAAUCAGCUUUGAAAAGUUUCAUGUUCUGUCAAGGUGCCCUAUCCACUGUAUCUUUCCCUCAAGUGAAAGAUGGCGUGUUCCACGGUCAUCUUGACCCCUUUGCUAUGAUACCGUCUCCGUGUUGGCCAUUUCGUGAAACCCCCAACAGAGAAUUUUGUUUUUUCAUUCCAAACUAGUCGACGUAGACGUUUGUCGUCCCAAAUCGAGCCAUCCCUUUAAGUACAUUCCGUUAGUGUUAUCCUAGAAGAAGCUGGUCGCAGCAUUUUCAUUGUAGGCCUCUUAGUUUGUUAUCCGUUUUCCAACCUUCCGAAUUCGGCUAGGAAAUUUUUCAUAUGAUAAUCCCACUUUUCAAAAUAAGUGGUACCGUCUCUCCAUGGUGAUGUGUGCAUAGAUGAGCGAUUAGCCAUUUAUUAUUAAACGUUGUUCGUGCGUAAACUUUUAAUUGUUUUGACCGAGAAAUGUACACACUUCGGGAAAUGAUGUAACCUCAUGGCCCUAAAAUUUAUCCCAUUCUAAAAAUUUUUCUUUUGGUUUUUUCCUCUUUUAGUUUGAAAAUACACUCACGGAUUCGUUCAAGAAAUACAAA